CCUCUGUUCAAUAUGCUCGCGACGGUAAAAUUGAAUCGAAGUGCGAAGUAAAUCGGUGUGAAUUUAAUUAUUCGCUGUAAUGUGAUAAAAAAUAAACGGCUGCGAUUGCUUGGGAGAAACGCGCUAAUGUUCGGCGAACAGUGGCUCGAAACCGAAAGACCUUGAAACGAAAUUGGAGACCAAAACAAAAGUGACGUCAUAAUGGUGCUAUUUAUGUAUUUGUAUAUCGCCUGCAGCAACAGUUGAGUGGUAAAAAUGACAAAAUAAAUUAGUUACAGCAAGCUUAAACGAUCGAAACGUGUACAAUUUUUCUACAAACCUUAAGCCUUAAGAAAUCGAACUUAAACAGUCCGACUACGGUUCGAGCCCGCUAAAAUGGCCAGCGUGUGGAAGCGAUUGCAGCGCAAUUUCAAGCGCGCCGCAAAAUUCCAGUUCACUGCAUCGUACCACGAUCUGCAUCUGGAAACCACCGCCAAGUGGCGACCGUCAAACCUUUCGAUUGUUUGGACCAGAAGAUCUAGGCGAGUGGCCAGUGUUCCGCUGCCAUGGGAGCCGGAUAUGAUGAAUCCCCUGGUGGGUAAUAUAUCCUGGGCAGUGCCCGACAACCACACCAUAUCGGUCACCCUCUUUAAGGAUCCCCGCACGCACGAGCUGGAGGACAAGGACUGGACGUUCGUCAUCGAAGAUGUUACCCCAAUGGGUAAGAAACGUGUGCUGGCCAAUGCCAGCAUUAAUAUGAGAAAGUAUGCCAGCGUAGAAUCCACUCAGCAGAGCUUUACUUUGAGUUUAAAGCCAGUCUCGAAAAAGAUUACAGCUGCCAGUUUGGAACUGACAAUAAGCUGUGUAUUUUUAAGAGAAGGAAAGGCAACAGACGAGGACAUGCAGAGUGUUGUUUCCAUGAUGUCCGUAAACAACAACGAUGUUGCACCUUUGGACGACUUGGAGGAUAUUCCCGAUCUUGACAAUUUUAGUGAAAUUACGGACAACUUAUAUGACUUUACCCAGCAACUGGAGCAGAUGACAACAAGCCUGAAUGGCUGCAUUGAUGUGGCCACCCCUCAAAGUGUACCUUCGUUAUCUGAAGACCCAACCCCGUUGGCCGAGUCAUUUAAUCAAUUGCAUUUUGAACUAGACGCCGGCGGCGAACGGGAAGCUGCGAACAAGUUAGACUUGCCCACAGCUCCAUCCGGUGGCUCCGGUGGCUCCAGUGGUGCCAGUGGUGCCGACGAGUCCCAGAAAACACCCAAUGGACUGCAGCCCUUGGUGGACAAUACGCCCAUUAAGUCACCGGGUGAAGUAAAGCAUCCCAAGCUGACACCUGUGGAGCCAUUGAAACCGAAAACCAAUGUGGCCUUUGAAAAAAUGGUCACCUCGACGCCGCUUGAGCCCAAAGCAAGCAAAGAAGAUGUAAAGCCAAAGAAGCAGAGGGCCCUAUUCCUGCCCGAGAAAGAGGAUGGAAUGGAUUUAAGGGUGGAAAGCUUGAAGGAGGACACGUCCAAGAGUCUGGACAACAAUAGCACCACCAAGGAAAAGCCCCUCGAGGAGAGCAAUUCCAGUAGGAGCGUACCCCCGGUGCUUGCUCCGAGUGCCAAGCGCUCCGAGCUGCAGCCCUUGAACUUAAAGAAGAGCUAUGAAUCCUCGCCGACACCCGCAUCCGCACCCGCACCAGCACCAGCACCUGCACCCGCAUCUGUGAUAAACGAAUCGAUCGGUUCACAGUCUGGAUUCAAUACCUCUGGCUCGCUAAGCAACAGCCUGAAGCCCGUGGAGCGGAUAGUGCUGAAGGAGAACACGCCUGGCCAGGAUCUGCUGGAGUGGUGCAAAGAAGUUACCAAAGACUACCCCAAUGUGAAGGUCACCAACCUGACGACCAGCUGGCGCAACGGAAUGGCCUUCUGCGCUAUCAUUCAUCAUUUCGUGCCCGAGCUCAUUGACAUGACCGAGUUAAGUGCCCAUGAGGUGGUAGGAAACUGCAAAAUCGCCUUCGAUGCGGCGGAAUCGUUGGGAAUUCCCCGUGUUAUUGAGCCUCGUGACAUGAAUCUGUUGACAGUACCAGAUAAAUUGGCCGUUAUGACUUAUUUGCAUCAAUUGAGGGCGCAUUUCACUGGCAAGCAGUUGCAGAUCGAACAAAUUGGCUCUACGGCAGAUGAGUCGAGUUACGUGAUUGGAAACUACAAGUCGGACAACUUGUCCCAGAAUCGGAUCAAUUUCUCGCACCUGAAGACGCAGCUGUUGCACCAAAACUCCUUUGACGAUGAGAUAUACGGGCAAAAUAAAUCAGAGCAACUGUCGCCCACAAGCAAAAAGGAUGUUAAGAAUUUGAUUCUAAACAACUCGAAGAACAUACUGGACAAGGUCCUGUCGCCCACGAAGGACAAGAACUCAAUUAACGCAUCGCAGCAUACCCAUCAGUCGUCGGUGCUUAGCUGCCAGACGCCGCCGCCGCUGGAGGAAACCCAGGAAUCCUUUGAACGGCCACAAUCGGUAGCCAAGGAGAACCUUAUAGAUCCCCAGGCGGCCAGUCGAAUAUUAACGCGCCACAAGCUGAUGACCGAAAAGGCCAAGCUGAUGAUGGAAAAGCUUAAGCUUUACAAUACCAGCGAUGCGAACGACGAGGAUCGUCAGCAGCGGCAGCAACGCUUGCGGGAGCAGGCCCGUCUCAUCCUGGAGACACGUGUGAGGGGCGGCGGCGGCGGCUCCAUCGAGAGUCCCACCAGCCCCACCAGGCCCAAACUGGAGCGCACCAUUUCCCCGAUCCAUAACGGAGCCGAAGAGUUCUACAAGGAGCACGGGAAGAAGCUGGAUACCAAGGAGCCGGUCAGUCCUAGUCAUAGGUUAAGCGAUUCGAAGGGCCUGGGUCACAAUGGCAGUCCCCUGCAGUCGUUUAACGCAAUCGUGGAACGCAUCUCACCAAAGCACGAGAAGAGGGGCGACAAGCUGUCCUACAUUGAGUCCGAGCUGGAAGCCCUCGAACGGGAGCAGGAGGCCAUUGACCAGAAGGCCAGCAGUCUGGAGGCCAAGCUGCGUGCCGUGAUGGGCGGUAAUCCAAGUAAUAACCGCCGGGGUGGCGCUAGCAAUGGCAACCCCUUCCUUAGGCUAAUCCGAAAUAGUAUUGGUGGUGGUGAUGUGAUACGAAUCAAGCUGCUCGACUCGGAUGACGAGAGUCUGUUUGGUGGAGGUGCUGGUAGCGGUGGCGGUGGUAGCGGAGCAUGCAGCGACGAGGACGACGACCGGGACACGUCCAGCGAGAGUGACUGCAACUUCGGCGACGAGUUGCGCACGCGUCUGCGCCCGCGGCCCCGCUCCCAGUCGUGUUUUGUGAAUGUGAACAAGAACCAUCCAUCGACCAUUGCUACGUCCGCUCAUCUGCGCCCGCAUCAUGUGCAUCAUGUUGUGCCCUACACCCACAUGCUAGACAGUUCCCCGUCGGCGCUCUCCUCGCAGCAGUCCUCCUGUGAUAACCUGCCCACGCGCAGUGACGAUGACGAGGAACUGGCGCUGGCGGCCACCGGUCGUGCGGCCUCCCUACGGCGGCAGCAGGAUCGCCAUAGGCGACGCCGUCGGCGGCGGGAGCGGCGCUCCCAUUUGUUGAACAGUCCCAGUCAUUGUGAGACCGAGGAAACGGAGGAACAACUGCUAUCGCAAUGGUUUACGCUGGUCAACAAGAAGAAUGCCCUCCUCCGGCGACAAAUGCAACUGAAUAUACUCGAACAAGAGAAAGACUUGGAGCGAAAGUAUACGAUGCUGAAUCAGGAGCUGCGGGCGGCGCAAUCUGUGGAGGACUGGCGCAAGACGGAAGUGCAGCGAGAGAAGGAGCGGCUUCUGCUCGAGGAGCUGAUGACGAUUGUUGACAAGCGAGACCAGUUGGUUCAGCAUCUGCACAACCAGGAGAUAGCGAUCGAGGACGAUCAGGAAAUCGCUAGGAAACUGGAGCAUGUGGACAUCAGCGGUGAAAAAGACAAAUGUGUUCUACAAUAGAAAUCGAAAUUAACAAAACCUGACUGGAGAUUAUACUUACACUCAAUCUUAUCUAUGUAACUAGUUAGAUAACAACUAUCUAUGUUCGGUGACACGUGGUAAGGUCGCGUGGUUUCUGUGGUUCGGUGUCGCUUCUUAUGCAAUCGUUAUAUCCAACGACAACAAAUACUUGGACCACUUGGUAUGGUUAAAAAACAAAGUAUACUGUGAAAAACAAUGGCUUUUGUAUUAAGCAAAGAAAUUCAAAGAAAUAUGAACAAAACGUCCGUUAGUAAACUAAGUAACAAAAAUCGAGAACACUUCGAAAGGGACAAUUUAUACACCUAUGUAUUUAUGAUAAUCAGAUAUUGAGAAUACUUUUAAUCCUAUUGUGUUGACUCAGUUCGUUUCAUGUUUUGUUGUUGUGCCAUCUGAACCACACCUGAAGUAUAUCCUGAACGCAAAGAUGUGAGAUAAGGAAUUGAGGAGGCAAUUUUACGUUAGCUUUCAAUUAAGCAUUUAUCCCACAUAAACUAGAAACGCUUUAUCCAAAAAUACACAUAUAUAUUUAUGAAUUACCUUAAUGCAAGGACCCAUCUUACCAUAGUUAAGUUAAGCAAUGCGCUUUAAAAAUAAUUUAAAGGUGGCUUAUCUACUUAUACAACAUAACUUUUUAUUUAAUUUGCCCAGGUGAAUGUAUAAAGAACUGUUCAACCCAAGGAUUCUAGCUAAUAAAGAAUAGAGAAUGCUGAUGACAGUCAUUAGCAUCGAAUAAUAAACCCAAAAACAAGUCUAUU